AUGAGAGUACGGAGCCGCCAGGCCAGGGGUACACAGAGAAUGGCACAGACAGUGCAGGCCAAAUCAGGGGGCACAGACAAAGCAGGCCAAUCAAUGGGGCACAGACAAAGCAAGCCAAUCAAGGGGCACAGUAAAAGCAGGCCAAUCCAGGGCACAGCCAAAGCAAGCCAGUUAUAAGGGCACAGACAGAGCAGGCCAAAUAAUGUGGUACAGACAAGGCAGGUUAAUCAGAGCGUGCAGGGAACAUGCUGAGGGCAGGUUUCAGGCAUGCAAAAAUUAAUGAAUAAGAGUCCACAGAAAUUACAUUAAGCUAACAUAUGUGAAUAAGACAUUAUAGAUUGACAUGGGCAUAAACAGAACACCCUAUACGAUCUUUAUUACAUCUAGAAAACAUACACAAAAUUAACAUGUUUAUACCUUUAAAACUAAAGAACGUAAUACACUCUAUCUCCUAAGAUAGACCGGCACUGAGCCGACACCCCCCAGCAUGGCCACGAGGUAGCGAGAGGGUGAGUGCCAGGAGGCCGGGAGCAGCAGCUCCCACGUGGCCAGUUUGGUUAAUCCGACAACCCCGAGAGGAAGCGUGGGCAGGGUGAGAGAGGCAGGAGACAGCUCCCACUCGGCAGACGGAGAUGGCGGCCGGGAUCUAACAUGUGGGAUCGUUGGAGUCGUACUCUGCGGUCCCGGUGGUCGGCAACCGAUCCCCGGUGAACGCAAGUAAAACAAGCGAAGGGGGGAAGAAGGGGUAGGGUAUGCGGAGAAGGCAGGAAAAAGGAGUAAAGAGACAGAGCUACCCUAGUCCCCCAAUCCUGCAGAACAGCCCACAGAGAAAGCCCCAAGCAGGGAGAAAUCAUGCAAAACACCCCCAUACAACAAUCGCACAAAAUACAGAAAUAGACAGAAAUCAAUACAGGAAUAAACAGUAUAAUGCAAAAAAAUAUCCACAGCCACUCAAUGUUAACAGGAGGCAGUGGUACUCUGACCUGUGCUUGAUGUGGAGCAGCAAAGAAAGACGAAGUAGUUGGUUGGGAGGGGCCUUUUAUGGUUUCCUUACUUUUUUGUGAUUGGAUUUAUCUCUCUAUGUUAAUGUGCUGCUGUGGAGUUCAAGUAAAGAGAGACUUGAGCAAAUAUGAAGCCUCCUGUCAUGCUAUAAAAUUCAGCCUAAGGGAAAUUUGAGCGACAGUAGCUGUUCGAUGUGAUAGGACCAUAUGGGCUAGCCUUCUCUCCACACGUGCUUCAAUUAACCUUUUGCACCCAUAAUUCUGAUACUGGAUCACUGGUUAUGCUGCAAGACUUGCUGUUUUGGAGAUGCCCUUGUCAAAGUGACUCUUUGUAAAACUAAAAAUCAAAGUAAAUCUUUUUUGCUAGCCUAUUUUUCCUACUUGUAACUAGAGUUGAGCGGACACCUGGAUGUUCGGGUUCGCCGGGUUCGGCCGAACAUCGUCAAAAAGUUCGAGUUCGGCCUCAAACUUAACCCGAACUUGACCCCGAAUCUGAACCCCAUUCAAGUCAAUGGCGACCCGAACUUUUGGGCACUAAAAUGGCUCUAAAAGAGUCAUGGAAAGGGCUAGAGGGCUGCAAAAGGAAGUAAAAUAGGGGUAAGAGUAGGACAAGUGCCCUGCAAACAAUUGGGGUAGCCCCCAAAAUAUUGGGACAUAUAAAAAAAGAAAACAGAGAAUAAGUGCACUUGAGUAUAACAAUGGCUGAGUGAGGCCGGUAUAAAUGUUUAUUCUGCACAAGGUACAGACAAGUCUGGUGGGAUCCAUGCCUGGUUCAUUUUAAUAAAUGUGAACUUGUCCACGUUGGCUGUGGACAGGCGGCUGCACUUGUCUGUGAUAACGCCCCCUGCCGUGCUAAACACACGUUUAGACAAUACACUGGCUGCAGGGAAGGCCAGCACCUCCAAGGCAUAAAGGGCAAGCUCAGGCCAUGUGCCCAAUUGGAAACCCAGAAGUUGAAUGGGGCAGACCCAUCAGUCAGUACGUGUAGGCGUGUGCACAUGUACUGUUCCACCAUGUUGCUGAAAUGCUGCCUCCUGCUAAGACGUUCCAUAUCAGCUGGUGGUGCUGGUUGUUGUGGCAUGCUGACAAAGCUUUUCCACAUUUCGGUCAUGCUAACCCUGCCUUCUGAGGUGCUGGCGGUGCCCCAGCUGCAUUGGCGACCUCUUCCUCCUCCUCUGCCUUUGCCUUGUGCUUCCACUGAGCCCCCCGUGUCAGUUGGGAAUGCCCUCAGCAGCGUGUGUACCAGCGUGCGCUUGUAGUCGCGCAUCUUCCUAUCACGCUCCAGUGAGGGAAUUAAGGACGGCACAUUGUCCUUGUAACGGGGAUCCAGCAGGAUGACCACCCAGUAAUUAGCAAAAGUUAGAAUGUGGGAAACUCGGCAGUUGUUGCGCAGGCACUUUGGUGACUCUAGAUAACCUUGGGCCGAUCGCAUGUCCGUGUGACGGCGACAAUGCAUUCGGAUGUCUUCCCUAUCAGCUUUUGAUGGUACUUUCUGCACCUACCAUGGUGACCAGGGUUCGAUUCCGUAGAAGGAGCCUGAGAAAUGGCUACCACAUCCAAGGAAGGCAGCAGGCGCGCAAAUUACCCACUCCGGACGCGGGGAGGUAGUGACGAAAAAUAACGAUACAUGACUCUUUUGAGGCCCUGUAAUUGGAAUGAGUACACUUUAAAUCCUUUAACGAGGUUCUAUUGGAGGGCAAGUCUGGUGCAGAGCGACUGACCCAUGCGUGCUGCAGCUGAAACUCCACUAUCGCCUGCUGCUGCUUGCACAGUCUCUCCAGCAUGUCCAAGGCGGUGAGCGGGAAGGCCGAAGUUACGCUGCAGCGCAGACAGGCAUGCAACAGGGUGAGAACGCCGAAAGCGUGCACAGACGGCCCGCACUUUCUGCAGCAGCUCUGGGUAUCUGGGUAGUUUUUCAGGAAUUUCUGCACCACCAAAUUCAGCACAUGCGCCAGGCAAGGGAUGUGCGUCAAACCGGCUAGGCCCAGAGCUACUACGAGAUUUCACCCAUUAUCGCACACCACCAGGCCGGGCUUGAGGCUCAGUGGCAACAAGCACUCAUCGGUCUGUUGUUCCAUGCCCGUCCACAACUCAGGUUUAGCACGUUUAUGCCUCGCUUCAGGCUAAGAUUGCACAGCUUGCAAACCACUCGUGUCUUGUCGUCAGCACAUUGUCUGAAGAACUGCCAUGCCAGGGAACUCCUUGGAGCUGGUUUUGGUGUGCUCGGUCCCUGGGUGUGGUGGGCAGUAGCAGGCGUACAGUCUAGGGGGCGGCCGCUCCGCUUUUGCACCCUGCUCCCUCUUAUGCUGUGCUGGUGCCUCUGUGCGACCACCGCCUCUUCAGAGAUGUGCUGCGGUUGUCCUCGCUUGUCCACAUCCUGAAACAUAAGUGGUUGUGCAUCAGUGCACUCAAUUUCUUCUGAUUUCUUCCACUUCUGGGCAGGGCUAGGUGGAUGGCCCACGGAAACCCCACCAGCAGAGUCAUCAAAAAGCAUAAGAGACUGCAGCAUGACUUGUGGCUCAGACUGCUUGGCUGAUUUGCAAGGGGGUGAGGUGAAAGACAGAUGGCCAUGGGCUGCAGGUGCCAACUCUUUCAGCAGGGGACUGGGUGGGAGACAAUGUGAAGGAACUGGAGGCACUGUCAGCCACCCAAUCUACUAUCGCCUGUACUUGUUCUGGCCUCACCAUUCAUAGAGAGAGCAUUCGGGCCUACCAAAUAACGCUGAAGGUUCUGUCGCUUACUCGCACCUGAGGAAGAUGUUUCACUUGUGCGUGUAGCUGGCACAGAUCGACCACGUCCUCUCCCUGCAACAGGAGCUCCACCAAUACCAGCAGCACCAUGACCAAGGCCACGUCCCUUAUUUGAUGCUCUCCUCAUUCUUUGCGUUCACCCACCAAACUAAUAGAUAGUUUAUGUCAGGCAACAAUGUAACCGCCAAUAGUCAACAUUUAAGUUCACUGACAGUAAGGCAGUGCCGGUGUCCUAAAGAGAAAAAAAUUCUAGAGGUCACACAACAGUGUGACAGGCGUAAUUAAUACAGUUACUUCACUGUCUCAAAAAAGUGUGAUUUUUUUUAACCAACAAUGUAAGAGUAGUAUUUAAGGGUUUUAUUGGACUGCAAGAAAUGCACCGCAGGCUGCAAAUGUUCUAUUUAGCACAAAAAAAAUUGAUUUUUUAAACCAACAGUGUAAGAGUAGUAUUUAAGGUUUUUAUUGGACUGCAAGAAAUGCACCGCAGGCCGCAAAUGUACUAUUUAGCACCAAAAAAAUUAGAAUUUUUCAAAGUGCGAUGUAACCACAGUAUUUGACGGUUCCAUUUGACUCUCAGAUAUGAAGUGCACGCCCCAAAUUUAAUUUUUAGCACCAAAAAAAUUUGAAUUAGUCAAACUGCUAUGUCACAGCAGUAUUUGACGGUUCUAUUUGACUCUCAGAUAUGAAGUGCAUGCCCCAAAUUUACUUUUUAGCACACAAAAAAUUUGAAUUGGUCAAACUGCGAUGUAACCACAGUAUACGAAGGUUCUAUUUCACUCUCAGAUAUGAAGUGCAAACUCCAAAUUUAAUUUUUAGCACCAAAGAAAUGUGAAUUUUUCAAAGUGCGAUGUAACCACAGUAUUUGACAGUUCUAUUUGACUCUCAGAUUUGAAGUGCAUGCCCCAAAUGUACUUUUUAGCACCCAAAAAAUUUGAAUUUUUCAAAGUGCGAUGUAACCACAGUACUUGACGUUUCUAUUUCACUCUCAGAUAUGAAGUGCACACCCCAGAUUUGCUUUUUAGCACAAAAAAAAUGUGAAUUUGUCAAACUGCGAUGUAACCACAGUAUUUGACUGUUCUAUUUGACUCUCAGAUAUGAAGUGCACACCCCAAAUUUACUUUUUAGCACACAAAAAAUGUGAAUUUGUCAAACUGCAAUGUAACCACAGUAUAUGACGGUUCUAUUUCACUCUCAGAUAUGAAGUGCACACUCCAAAUUUAAUUUUUAGCACCAAAGAAAUGUGAAUUUUUCAAAGUGCGAUGUAACCACAGUAUUUGACAGUUCUAUUUGACUCUCAGAUAUGAAGUGCAUGCCCCAAAUGUACUUUUUAGCACCAAAAAAAAUUGAAUUUUUCAAAGUGCGAUGUAACCACAGUACUUGACGUUUCUAUUUCACUCUCAGAUAUGAAGUGCACGCCCCAAAUUUGCUUCUUAGCACCAAAAAAAUGUGAAUUUGUCAAACUGCAGUGUCACAGAAAUAUUUAAAAAUGCCUAGAUGUUGCCCACUGAGCUAGAAGAACAGGAUUAAAGUAAUGUGCCUGGCACACAUGCAGUUGCAAGUGCCCACCUAACAAACAGACUGCUUAUUUCUCUGUGGCACUGGGCUCAGGGCAGGGUACAAAAAUGUAGUAUAGCACCCACAAAAAUAUUCGCUGUAGUUUGCAGAUUCAACACCAGAAUUCUUUCCUUAUCUGUCCCUCACAGCUGCAGCAUCCUCUCCCUACACUAAUAAGAGCUCAUGUGACUCCAGCUUAUAUAAAGGCUGGGUCACAUGCUGCACUGGCCAAUCACAGCCAUGCCGUUAGUAGGUAUGGCUGUAAUGGCUUCUAAGGGCACACAAGUCAAACGCUUGUUGAUUGGCUGCCCUGCAGCUCUUCAAAACACGCCAUUAAAUCGCCGAACACCGAACUCGAACCUGAACUGUUACUGAAAUGUCCAGGUUCUGGUUCGGGGUCCAAAAAUCGUAAUGUUCAGUACGAACCCGAACUUUACAGUCGUAAAGUUCGGGUUCGCUCAACUCUACUUGUAACACAUAAAAAAACGACUGUUCAGUUGCUGCCUGAUAUAUCCCACCACUUUACAAGUGCCAUUGUAAUGGUAUAAUCAAUGUCAUUCACUUCACCUGUCAGCAUUUUUAAUGUUUUGACUGAUCACUGUAUAUUUCUCAUAUCAAGUGCACUUUAAAAUCACUCAUCGUCAUUGAAUCACACUGCCAAAGCUGGUUACAGUGAUGCACGGUGGGAAAACUGACAACAGUUGAAUAGACAGACUAAGUUGUUAAUUUAGUAAAUAACAGUUUGUCAAUGACACCUAACAUUCAGAUUGGUUUGUUGGAGGGCACUCACACCAAAGCAAACACAGAUUGCGGCCAAGGGGUGCUUACUGUGAUUAUUCUGUUUCCUUCAGGGCACAAUCCAUACAAUGAAACAUAGUACAGAAGCACACCAGGUUAAAAAAACAAAUAAUCUUUAUAAGAAAUGCAAAAUAACAGUUUAUUCUAUAUAUAAGAGAAGUCAAACUACAAUCACAAAUAUUACACGAUAUUUGCAAAAUCUAAUACUUAGGUAUUAGGUAUUCACCAUACCUAAGAAAAGUCUACAUCACAAAUAAGACAAAGAGCAAGUACAAAAAUAUACAUAUGAAUGGGAUUACAAACCAGAUGAUAAGAAUGCAAAAGUGUAGUGAGUGAAUUGCGGAUCCUGAUACCAAAACAAAAAAAACAUUUCAACCAAAAGCUCCUUGUUCUUCAUACUUCUUCUUGUAUUGUGUUUAAAUCUGUAGGUAUACUGAGUGUAUACAGUUGUGUAAAUGCAUACAGGGUUCAAGAUAAUAUUAGCAGUGGUUAUGGUAAAUGGGGGUUUAGAGUGGUUUAUAUCAGAAUACUAAAAAACGUGCAAGUGUUAGUUGCUCACUAAAUCCAGUAUACAGGCAGCAAAUCUUACAAGGAGUCCCCAACCUUGUGAAAACAUAAAAAUCAAACAAACAAAAGUAGAUUGCAACAAAGAGAAUUGAUAAUGUCACAAUAAUAUACAUACAAUGUUUACUUUUGUAGUGACAGGUAUCUCAAACAAAAGGAAACAAAAUAUACAAAAUAUUGAAGUAUGUUUUAACAGUAAGCUAAAAUAUAGUGGUGUAACAGGGAUAAACUCACACUUUUGAGAUACCUGGCACUACAAAAGUAAACAGUGUACAGUGAGACUUCGGUUUACGAAUUUAAUGCGUUCUCCAGGAUGUUUUUUGUGAAAAAUUUGUAAACGGAAAUGCGGUUUCCCAUAGGAAUGCAUUGAAAACCAAUUAAUCUGUUCUGGAGGUCAGAAAAAGUCAAAAUGAGCUGGCAUGGAAACCAACCCACAAUGCAGAACACACAAUAAAAGGCAUGACAACGACGAAGCUCAGUUCCCUACCUUUCCACAGCUUGAGAAAUGCACCAAAAAGUCUCAAAACAACUGAAAACAAUUUCCAGAAUGGCUCCAAAUCUCGAUACAAAAGCUGCUCCAACACCUCCACACUCGAUGCCACGUGCCACCCACAGGCUCCAGCAUGCAGAGGGCGGUGCUAUAAAGCUCCCAGGUGCAAUGCAUCCUGGGGAAACUCGCUUUGUAUUGCUAAAAAAUUUGUAAACCGAGGCAUUAUUUUCAAUGGAUUUUCAUUUGUAAACCGAAAAUUAUGUUAACCGAGUUUCCACUGCACAUAUAUUGUUGUGAAAUUAUCAAUUCUCUUUUGUUUGUUUGGUUAGUAUCCGAGUUAAAAUACACAAGGAGUUGAGUGUUAAUAAGACAUAAAUGCUUGAAAUGGGUUAUAGUUGUGGUAUACGGGAUGUUUAGAUUUUUUUCCUUUAGAGUUAAAGUGGAGUUAAAUUUAAUAUUUAAUAUUUAGUUUUUUAAGAUGCGUUAAACCUAGUAUUAAGGUAAAGGGUUUUGUUUCAGGUUUAGACUUUAAGUGCAUUUGGCACAAAGAAAAUUGUGUGUUUAUGUUUUUGGAUGGGUUCCAUUUAGGAUUAAGGGAAAAAAAAUUGUGUUUAUGGUACAGACAUGUGGAGUUUGAAUGGUUAUUUUCAAAAUACUCACCCUUCUAUGAUUGAUACUAGAACUGCAGUAGACUAGCUUUUGUGCAGUGUGCAUUCCGCAAUGCUGUCUCUAGAGGCUGUUAGUGAGCAGAUGGAAAGUGAUCCCUUCCAUCUCCUGUCUAGCCUCAAACACAGACAAUGGAGGAGCUGAGGCAGCACUGAAUUUUACAUCUACAUAAGCUCCAAAUAUGCUAAAUAUGCACAUUAUUAAUGCGGUAAAUAGGUGCCCCUACACGAUAGGCACCUACUCUGUCUGAUGGGAAAUUCAGCCCUGAGGAGAAUAGUUCUAAACUUUAGCCACAUGAACCUUUAAUGAUUGAUGAGUCACAACAAUGCCUAAUUCAAAAGUAGACACUCUCCUAAAUCCUAGAAAAUGUGAAUGAAAUGUGUAAUUCAAAAUGGGAGCAAAUUCAAAUGUCCAUCAUUUUUUUUUAUGCAUACAGAAAAACCUCUUCAACUUAUAUGUAGAGUACAUUUUGGCUAUGAGAGAAUAUUCAAACCAUAUAUAAAAUGGACAAAGCUGGAUUCAGAAUCCAAAGAAAUCCUCCUUGAAGAAACUAACAAAUGGUAACUACAGGAAAACGCAUUAAAGGAACAAAGAAUCAUACAGUAUUGUAAUGGAGUAACUUGCAUGUUAUAGGCUAUAACAGGGGUAGGCAACUUUUGGCAAAUAUUUAAUGCCUCCUUAACCUCAUUUUUUGGAAGUUAGAGAAAAUAGUAUUAAGAUUAUUUAUUCAGCAGGAAUUGACAAAGGAAUUACAACAUUCUUUCCAUAAUCAUCAAUAUAGGAAACAUUUUACAGAUAUUUUUCCAAAUAAAUUAUUUUUGGUCUAAAUAUGUAAAUAUGUUCAUUCUCUGCAAUUCCAGUUAAAUAAAUAAACUCUCAUAUCAUUCUUUGUCACGCAAUGCUUUCAGUUCUCCAAAAAUGUUUCCUACCAGGUUUCUACGGAUAUGGACUCCCAUCCCACCCUUUUAAUAUUUUCCUAAACAAUCACUGUUCCUUUCAUCAAAAGAAAAAAAAAAACAACAAAAGAACUUAAAGGGACACUAUAGUCACCAGUGCAACUACAUGUAUUCCUGACCCUAUAGUGUUAACACGACCAUCUAGCCCCCCUGGGCCCCUCAUGCCUCCAUAAAUAUAGUAAUAAUCUUACUGUAUUCAAGCCAGAAGCUGUAAAUCUGCACUCUGGAAAAACAAGCAGUCUGCUGACAUGUGAUAGCCUGAUCCAAUCACAGUACUUCGCAAUAGGAUUGGCUGAGACUGACAAGGAGGCAGUUCAGGGGCAGAGCCAGCAUGAUUCAAACACAGCCCUGGACAAUCAGCAUCUCUUCAUAGCGAUGAAUUGAAUCAAUGAAUCUCAAUGAGGAAAGUUCAGUGUCUGCGUGCAGUGGGAGGAGAUACUGAAUCACAGGAUGCUCGUGCACAGCAGAUCUGAGUGGAUGGAAGCAUAUUAUGCCUCCAUCAACUCAGAAGUCCCUCUGGUUCACUCUGAGUGACUGCAGCUGGAGGUGUCCCUAGCUUUCAAUGUAAACACUAUACUUUCUCAGACAAUACAGUGUUUACAUGAGAAAGGCUGCAGGGAGCUAUAGUUCUCACCUGAACAACCUCAUUAAUCUGAAGUUGUUCAGGUGACUAUAGUGUCCCUUUAAGUAGAAAGUUAAUGGAUGCAAAUCUUUAAUUUAUAUUGUACCACACAGAUAAACUCCCUGAACAAUUUUCUUCUCUUUACAGAUCUCUUUUCAAAUAAUAUUUAUUAUAUUUUUGAAAAAACUCAAAAUCAGCUAAUGAAAAAGGUACAGAAUAAAAAAAUGGAAAAAGGGGGGACUUUUCUCUACCCAAAACUAUAUUGUACAUAAAAAUUUGGCUGCACUCACAGUCUUCUUGUAGUCAAAUGUAGUAACCGAAUGAACGAAUGGCAUGUUCAUUCUGUUUUCAUUUGUUAGUUCUGCUCACUCACAUCAAAUCUGAUGGGACUGAGCCGAACUAACGAAUGUGUAUGAAUGAAUGUGCCAUUCGUUCAUUUGUAUUACUAGUUCGGCUUUUGAAUUACAGUCAGGCAGUGUACUGUGUCUGUUAAAGUAUGUUAUCUUUAUGCAUUUCUAGUAAGAUGAAAAUGAAAAUCCAAUCUGUUGAUGCCAAGAAUAAAUUCCCCCCAAAUGGUGUUUUGAUGUAAUAUUGUAAUACAUAUUAAACAUGUUCCCUAUAUAUGCUCAAUGUUUCCUUUUCUUUUCAAGUAACAAUGAAAAAGACGUUGAAGGUACACACUGUUUCCUGACAACCAGGAUAAAUAAAGUUAGUUUAGAUGAACUUAAUGACAUUUACCGUUGCUAUGCCCAGAAUUCAGUGGGAAAUUCAACAACAGUGAUUAAGCUAGUGCAGAAACACACAGGUAAAUAAGUUUGCAGUAUUUUUCAUUCUAUAACAUAUUCUUGAAUUUGUUACUCCCUCUAUUAUUUUAGUGUGUUGAUCUUUGUCAAUGCUGCUUUGUACUGUUCUUGCACUUCUUUUGUUAUAUUGGUUUAAUAUUUCACCCAGUUCUGUAUAUCCUACCAUAAUCUCUUUCUGGAUUAUGCUUCCAUAAUUUUCUCUUGAUUAUCAUUUAUAAUCUUCCCUACACUUUUUAUACCUUCUCUUAAUUUAUAUAACCACACAAACCUAGUACAGAAUAUACUCGUUAUUGCUGAAUAACAAUAUCUGUAUUCUAAGCACAUUAUCUGUUUACAUGGCUUAAUUUAAAGAAACUGUCAGUUAUAAUGUUGUAUCAAACUAAAUUCAGAAUUCUACAUGCUUUUACAAUGUACAAAUUAAUGUCGUCCCCUUCAUAGAUAACGUCCCCUUUAAUGAAUCCUGUAAUACUCAGACAAGCCUUUAGGAGUAUUGUUACUAAAUUUGUAAAUAACCCCUUUUCGAGCAAUCUGUGCUGGUUUGUAUCUGUUCAUAUAGCUCUCUUAAGUGUCUCUCUCUAGUCCUCUCAGUUAUUGUUCCCUUUCCCACAUUAUUUCCCUUUCUCCCUAUUAUGUCCCACCACCACAAUUUUCUCUCCAUCCUGCCAGCCCGUAAUUGUGUCUCCAUCAUCCAACCCCCAACUUUUUUACUUACAUAUUUUGAUAGCCAAGGUCAGGUAAAGUAUAUAAAUUACUUAACUUGAGCAGCAUGCAUGUGGCAAUGCAGGCAUUUGUACAACACUGCUGAAGAACAUUGUAAGCAUUUUAAAUUUUUUCCUGAGAAUCCAUGUGCACAGCCUGAGGCAUCACAGUGUGGUGUAGUUGCUAUAACACAGAAGUGCAAUGGAGGCAAGCAUGUUUUUACUUACCUCCACUGCAUUAUACACUUGUAUAAAUAAUGAAAUAGAGUUUAUUGCCGUGAAGGAACAACGAAUUCUCACUACUGUGGAAGUAAAAGUUUCUCUUAUACUAGUAAUUACAAAAAUUACAUUUUAUCUAAUAUUUAUCAAUACCAUAAAAACUCAUAUUGGUGUAACUUAAGAAAUAAUGAUACAAAUUAAAAUAAACACAAUGGUUGGAAUCACAGUAGUGACAACUUAGUGAUGGCAAAAUCCAAAGGCCAUCAUUUCCUUCUUAUUCUUUUUGAACUUACUACAGUUUUCGACGCUGUUGAUCACCUAUUUCUCGUCCUCACCCUUCGCAACCUUGUCCUUGGUGGCAUUGCUCUCUUAUAGUAGUACUCUUCCUACCUCUCUAACUGCUACUUCAGUGUCUCCUUGUCUGGUUAUUCCUUUUCUUCUGUACGUCUUUCAGUUGGCGUUUCUCAAAUCCCUGUACUGGUUCCAUUUUUUACUUAUUUAGACUGCCUCUCUUGUUGACCUGAUAUCAUUCUAUCGCUUUCAAUAUUACCUGAUCUUUCUCCCCAUCUGCUGGAUCAUGUCACCGAAUGCCUUUUCUUUGUCAUUGACUGGAUAACUUUAUGUUUCCUAAAACUCAACCUCUACAACACUGAACUCCUUGUCUUUCCUUCAUCUGAGGCAAUGUCUGUCCUUGUAUCCCUUCAGGUCAAUAGAAAAAAAACUAACCUCUACCCGCAGUCGCAUUGUCUUGGUAUUCUUUUUGACUCUGACCUUUCCUUCAAUGCUUAUAAAAAAAUCUAGUCUCUUUCACUUUAAAUAAAUUACUUGUGUUUACCCCUUUCUCACUCAGGAAGUGACCAAAAUGCUUGUCGUUGCUCCAAUUGUUUUCCACCUGUGGUUUCUCUGUGGUCCGCAAUGAAUGCCUCUGCCAGACUUGUCUACCUUAGGUCAUGUGACUUUCAAAUUUCACACGUCUUUCAGACUCUAUACUAACUUCCUGUUUUAUUUAGGUUCCAGUUCAAUGUUCUCGUGCUUACUUAACAAGCUCUCCACAACUCUGCCUCUGUUUAUAUCCACAAAUCUGCCUCUGUUUAUAGUCAUGUGACUUUCACUAGCAGAUAUGUUCAAGCCUGAGCACUUUGCUUUGUCAAUGACCCUUUACUGUCCCGUUCUUGUACCCGCAACCUAGACUCACACCUGCAACACCUCUCCAGGGCUCUCCUUACUUAUGGAAUGUCCUCCCAUGCCACUUUUGAUUUGCUCUGCCUCUACAGUUCUUAUAAAAAAUCUCAAAAAGGUUGUUUUUUUUAGAAAAGCCUAUCUGCUUAACCCUUAACCUUUCAUCCCUGAUAACUUAUCUCUGCUGUCUUCCAACCUCUGUACAUAUUCCCAAUUGCCUCUCCCAUUCUUUCAGAUAUAUCCAAAUAAUUUGAUACUCUCACUUCCCUCUGUGUAUUUGUUCCUCAUCCUUUUAGAUUGCAAGCUUGUUUGCUCAGGGCUCUCUUCACCUACUGUUCCUGUAUGUCAAAUGUGUUUUGUUUGUCUUGUUUUAACUAUUUUGCAAACUGUGGAAUAUAUUGGCACUUUAUAAAUAAUUGGAAUUUUAAUUGUAAUGUUUGUUUCGCAUUUUUAUUUUCAACAGACAUCGUAUUUCUAGUGUAUGUGCUAUCUGUUUCUGUGGCAGUGCUAGUGUUUUCUCUAGCAGGGAGUGGAAUGAUUUAUUUUUACUGGAUUGAAAUUGUGCUAGUUUACAGGAACUAUUUGUCAAAUGAUGAGACUAUUGGGGGUAAGUUUUAUCAUCUAUCAUGAGAGAUAUAGUUUGUAAAAAGAAGUGUAUGCAAACCUGUUUUGUUUUAUUUAACCUUUCAUUGUUUUGAGAUUAUUUUUAAAAAGAGAAAUUAAAUUUGAAUCAAAUCUGUGGAAAUAUUAAUAUAACACAUAAUAAAGUAAGGUUAUAUCAAAUUAAAAUAUUGUUUAAAAAUGACAAGUAUUCUGUGUAAUAUUUCUUUUAAUUAUUCAUAACACAUCAAUUGUGCAUUUAUUUUGCUUCUUUAAUAUUAAAGGACAAAAAAAAUAUUACAGCAUGAUCUUGUAGAACUGAGGUAGAGGUUCAUCAUGUUCUUCUGAUCUGUCCAAUAGGGAGUUCCAAGUAGAAUGCAGAGAAUAGAAUGUCAUAUGCCCAUAGAACGUCCACUAUUUGCGUGUUGCUUGGGCUCCUUAUCAGAGAGGGCAGAUGAACGUGAGGUUUUCUUCUUGCUUGCAAGGCCAAGCUACAAGUGCUAGUGCAGCUCUGUGCUGCUCCUUCCUACCAUUCAAGCAUGCUAUUGAAUGAUCUUAUAUUUAUUUUUUUGAAUGUGAUCUGUAACAUUGAAGAGGUAAAUUCUGCAUAUUGCAUUAGUAAGUGACUAUGAGAAGCAUUCUUUGCAACUCACUCUUUUUUACCCUCGUUGGCUAUCCUCUUCUUUUUUGUUUAUUUUUCUACUAAGUACAUUUUCUUAUCUCCUAUUCGUUAUUCCAUGCCACUUAUUUAAAUAUAAAGGAUAGAAAUGGAAAUGUUACAUCCAGUGAAUGUGGCUCUAUAUGGGAAGUGAUUUGUAAAUGAUACUGUUUAAAUUAGUGCAAUUUGAGAAUUUUGUUUUAUAAUUAAACGGAUUUUUUUUUUUUGAAAACCUAAAAUAUAGUGUACCAGUAAACAUUGCAUAUUAUCAUUUUAUAUAUAAAAAAAAAUUGGAAAAACAUUUUGCUACAGUCAUUCGUCAAAUAAAUUAUCCAUGUAAAUACACUGAUAUGAAAGUAUUGCUGGUAUGAGGGGGAGUGACCACAAUAAAAGGCUUAUUGCAGUAUACAUAUAUUUGUGCAAAAACUAUAAAGAUUUGAAUAAGCCAAAAUACAGCAUAUUAAUGAGGCUAAAACCUUUCAAGUGCAUUAAAGUUGUAAUGGUUCUCGGAGUGUCCCUUUAAAUCUAACUAUGGCAGAAUUCCUAUAGUUUGAUUUGAACAUAAAGGUACUUUCAGACUGAGAUAAGUUCCUUCUGUUGUAUUCUAAAUAUACAUACAUGAGCUUCCAAUGAAACAAGGUUGUUUUAAAUGACUUAAUAUUUAUGAAUGGUAGCUCUUAUUAUGUUAAUGGGAGCAAUGCAAUGUAACAAUGAGAUCUUACAUAAAGCACAAGUAAAGUUUAUCUAUACACUUCAUCAUGACCUUUGAGUAGUGUAAAAGUAGAUUUUCUUUUUUAAAUGACAGUUUUAUGGCUAGUCAGUUGUUAUCCUGUGCAAUGGAAAAUAAUAUACAGUUAGAAAAUACACAAAAGGCAACAGCCAAUAAUCACAUGAAUGGUUAAAGUAACCCCAUGAAAUAUUAUAGUGACUGUAGAAAACCAAGUUCUUAUCAAAUUUUAACAAAGAAUAUGAGAACUCUGAGAAUGGACACAAACUUAGAGGUAUUCAGUAGGUUGCCCUUCAGUAAAUCCCUGCUUAGGUUCCAAGAUUGUUUUUACUCACUUGUGCCAUUACAGAGAGAGCAUAGUCUGAAGCAUAUCAGACUGGUCCCACCUGUGGGGGAAAUCCAGAGCUGAAAUGCCAGCAAGUUCUCUCCGCAUGAGAGAUACAGCAACAUCGAUAAGCGUUUUGGCUUUUUUGGGGCCUUGUCAGUGAGGUGUAGCUGAUACACCUUUAGGUCCAUGUCUGGAUUACACUUUUAACUUGGGGAGAGCCAUGUUAAUGCACUUCAACAAAAAUAAAGAAUCUAAAAACUCUGAGAAUGGACAAAAGUUUAGAGAAACUCAGUAGCUUGCCCUUCGGUAAAUCCCAGCUCAGUAUUUAAAAUAGUUUUUGCUCACUUGUGCCAUUACAGAGAGAACAUAAUCUGCAGCAUAUCAGACUGAUCCCAUCCGUAAAUGCAAUCCAGAAUCAAAAUGACAAGUUCUCUCUGCACAAGUGAUACAGCAACCCCAGAUGAUCAUUUCAGCCUUCUUAUCCAAUUUUAUUUCAUCAACUUUAGAAAAGUGGAACAAGUUAAAUGUCAUUAUUAAAACUAACAAUCACUGGAGAAAUAACAUAAUGCAAUUCUAUUUAUCAAUUUCGUGCAUUCAUAUAUAUACUUGUUUAGAAUUGGAUAUAUGCUUUCAAUCUGUUAAUCAGACACGCAAACUUGUAAACACACAUAUAAUGUUUUUGUUUCUUUAGAUCAUAAGGAUUUUGAUGCUUUUAUAUCCUAUGCAAAGCACAACUGGGAGUCUGAUGUGGAGGAUUCCAUGAACAGUUAUAAUGAAGAAAGAUUUGCAACACAGUUGCUGCCAAGUAUACUGGAGGACAAAUAUCAAUAUAAGCUUUGUAUCCUAGAAAGAGACAUUCUUCCAGGAGGAGGUGAUGCAUGGUUCAUGUUUUUGUUGUUUUAAAAUUACUUUAAAGGGAAAAAUAUAGUCACCAAAACAACUUUAGCAUAACAAAGUAGUUUGGUUUAUAGAUCAUGUCGAUGUAAAGCGUCGUCUGAUGUUAUCUCUUCCUUUAUUGUAAAUUCUGUUUCAUUUAGAAUUUCCUGCUCUGGUAAUAGCUUGCUAGAUCCUGCAGGAGUCUCCUGCAUGUAAUUAAAGUUCAAAUUACAGAGCAGGAGAUAAACACUUUUAAAGUGAGUUAACAUGUGAUUGAAAAUGAAACCAUAGGUUUUCAUGCAGGCUGUAUCAGUCACGGCCAGGGAAGGUGUGGCUAGUGCUGCAUAUAUACUUUAAUUCUAGUUCAAAUUUUAUUUGCAAAAUUAACCAAUCUGACAACAUUUGGUGAGGAGUUAAACUCAGUGUGUGAUGCAGUAGUUACUACAAUAAUAAACAGGGGAGCUUGAUAGAAUGUUAAUAGAGUCCCAUAUAGUGAGUGGGUUAAUCUCCUAUGUAUCGCUGCUAUGUAUCACUAGGCAACUAGUCUGCAACCAGGAUUUCUAUAAGCCUUGUCAGUCACAGUUGAUUUCUUAAUACCUUUGUAUAUUUGUCUUUACUAAUUUACAGCUUAUAUUGCGGACGUUGUUGGAAUUAUAAAAAGGAGCAGGAGAGUGAUUUUUGUACUAUCCCAAGAAUACAUAAGUGGACCAAGUUUGUUUGAAUUGGAAGCAGCGGUUAAGUGCUCCUUAGAAGAAGAAGCACUCAGGUUGAUUCUGGUUAAGUUUAAACCAUUUAAAGUACCUGAGACCAUACCAAAUGUUGUAAAGAAGGCAUUGAAUUCUCUGCCCAUUGUCUGCUGGAAGGAGGGCACUAAUAAAGCUGCAUUUCAUGAAGCUAAGUUCUGGAAUAAGAUCAGAUAUUAUAUGCCAGUCAAGCACAGGAAAAGUAAAACAGAAAGCAAUGUAACUGAGAAAACCAGCUUUUGUAAUAAUGGAAAUUCUAUUUUGAUGGAACAGUUCCUAACUAGCUAA